AUGGUCAUGGGAACAGCCCUAGCAGAGAUGCAGGAUGAAAGAGGGAACAGGAGCUCUGAGGGAGAAUUCAUCCUACUGGGGCUUUCUGACAAGCCAUACUUGGAGAUGCUGCUUUUUGUGUUCUUUCUAAUCUCCUAUAUCCUUACAAUGUUGGUGAACCUAGCCAUCAUUGUAGUCUCACAGCUGGACCCCAGUCUUAACACACCUAUGUACUUCUUCCUCAGCAACCUUUCUAUCCUGGACCUCUGCUACACCACCAGCACUGUGCCUCAGAUGCUAGUGAACUUCCGCAGUGCCCACAAGUUCAUCUCCUGGGCUGGCUGUGUGGCCCAGCUCUUCAUCUUCCUGUCCCUGGGGUCCACAGAGUGCCUCCUGCUGGCAGUCAUGGCCUAUGAUCGCUAUGCAGCUGUCUGCCAACCCCUGCACUACACAACAAUCAUGAGCCCCCGUCUCUGUUGGGUGAUGGCAGGUGGAUCCUGGCUGAGUGGCAUCACCAAUUCCAUUGUGCAGACCAGUCUAACGCUGCAGCUGCCCUUAUGUGGACGGAACCGAGUAGACCACUUCUUCUGCGAAGUACCAGCCCUGCUGAGGCUGGCCUGUGCUGAUAUCUUCAUCAAUGAAGCUGAACUCUUUGCCAUCAGCGUGCUUUUCCUGCUAGUGCCACUGGGCCUUGUCCUGGUCUCCUAUGGUUACAUUGGCGCUGCUGUCCUGAGGAUCCAGUCGGCUGAGGGCAGGCGCAAGGCUUUCAAUACCUGUGCUUCUCACCUCAUCGUGGUGUCUCUCUUCUAUGGCACAGCCAUCUACAUGUACCUGCAGCCCCCAUCCCACCACUCCCAGAACCAUGGCAAAAUGGUCUCCCUCUUCUACGGCAUCAUCACCCCAAUGCUGAAUCCUGUGAUCUACACACUGAGGAACAAGGAUGUGCAUGGGGCCCUCAGGAAAACACUAGGAAGAUGGCGCUGGAAGCAGAGAGCAUAA